GCUCGUUUCUGGGAAAAUGAGCCAAAGGAAACACGUGUCUCAUCAACUUCUGAUCAAGCAGCUGAUAUCAGUUUAACUGAAAGAAGCUCAAGCAGCCUUCAAGAUGAAAAAGAACGACUGCAACUGAUGAGAAGACGACGUGAUAUAAAUGAAGCCAGUUCUUUUCAGAUGACACGGCUUGCAAUCGCCAUGGAAACACUCGAAUUAGAGAACAGACAGUUAAAAUCCACUGUCAAGGAGCUUCAGAGUGCAACAAAGAACUUUUCAACAAAGGAGCAGGAGUCUAGCUUCGCCGUCUCACGCAGCACUUCAGCAACAGCAGCUGGCGAUAGGACAGUUACAGCUGCAGGUGUCGCAGCUGUCCACGAACACGAUGAAACUGCAGGACGAGAACGAGGCUCUUCGAGCACAGAUGCGCUUGCGAAUGGAAGACACCGACUCUCGCCACGAGCGGAUGCAGUCGAUGAUGUUGAUGAUUUCAAACCUGACGACAAAAUUACAAGCGGAAAACAGUUCUAUUUACUCGCAGCUGUUGAAAGUUUCGGACCUGACCUCAGGGCUACAAGCAGAAAACGACUCCAUUUACUUACAGCUGUUGAAAGUUUCAGACCUGACAUCAUGGUUACAAGCGGAAAACAACUCAAUUUACACACAGCUGUUGAAUGUUGGUGAUCUGAUGGCGGGGCUACAGUCAGACAACAGCUCCAUCUACUCACAGCUGCAGGCUUUGUCCGCUGACGUCAUCCAGCGGCGGGCGCAGUACGAGGAGCAGCACACGGCCUUGCAAGAAAAAGUCCGGAUGCUUCAAACACAGACGACUAACCUGGACUCCAACCUGUCCAAGCGCAGCUCCACACUCGAAGAACGGCUAACGUCUCACGUGACCCAACUUCAACAGAAAGACCAGGAACUGGUGCAGAUGGUCAUAAGACGCACUUCUGUCGAUCUGAUUGGAUUUCAUGCAAGGUUAACCAACGACGUAGAUGCUCCGAACCCCAAAACCCUUGUACUCGACAGAGUGGAGUACAAUGCAGGGGGAGGCUAUGACUCGACAACGGGUAUCUUCACGGCCCCUGUCACUGGCCUCUAUCUCUUUCUGGCCACCAUAGGGGCCUCUUCAGGUGAUGCCGCCGCAAACGUUCAUAUUGAAGUUAACGGGCAUGCAAGGACCGGUUGUUUUUCGAAAUAUUCGACAAAUAUAGAGCUCUCCACUUGCCACGGGGCAGAUAGGGUGGUGAAGGGUCAGCAGGUGAGGAUUGUUACAGAACGUGAUAAACGCCGAAUCAGGGGAGGGUGGUGGACGACGUUCACCGUGGUGCUGAUACAGAGAGAAGACUGAGCGCACGAAACAUCCAACGAGGGCUCAAAGAACUGUCACGUGGUCAGAUUACAUAAACAAUAAACAAUAGUAUGGAUUUUCAGGUCAGAAAAAGUCCUCAAACGCUUUAUUUUCGAUUUUGGUGUCUGUGAAUCUGCUCGACCAUUUUUGGUCAAAGCAAAGGUUGCUUUACACCUGUCCACUGUCUUUGUUUGUAUACAAUUUAUACAUUGCGUUGUACAAAUAUUUUGGAUGUUUGUGUAUGAAAAAUGUAACACAUCUAUAAUUUCACCACAUAUUUGACUUCUGACUGGAGUCAGGUCAUAUUGCUGUAUUACUGUGUAUUUUUAUUGUAGCACUACUAAUCUUUGUUUACCUACAGGGCAUCUUAAGGCUUUGAAAUGUGUAAUGAGCAAUAUAACCAUUUAUGUCUGUUCACCAAAUAUAGCUUUAGUUAAUUUUUGUUGUUCCAUAUAACUAUGUUUUUGAGAGUUUUAUGACUGUUCAGACCACUUCUCACUAAUGGUAUCUACAACCAACCUAUUGCCCUUCUUGAUCAUCUUGUCAGUAUUUUUUUUAAAUGAAUAUACUUGUCUCCAUUUCUUAACAAUUAUCUUUUCUGAUGAACGGAUCUCGUCACACUUUCUGAUUUACUGACCAGUCAAUCUUCCUUUUUUCUGAUGUAGAACCAUUCUACAGCUUGUUUGGAUUUAUCUGUCCGUGUACAGGAAGUCGACUCAACUCCUCAUAAGAAGUGUGUCCAUCCUUUUGUUUCAUGAAUUUUCUCAACUGUUUCAAGAUAAUUCAUAUUUAUACUUCCUCGGUUCAAGAAUAAGCUACAAUUUCGCUGUUUUUUUAAUAAUAAUAAUAAAUAUAAUAAUAAUA